GAUUUCUUGUGGGCGGCGCCUGUAGAAGGAAGAAGCGCCGUGUUUUCUACCGUGAUGACAGAAAGCGACGGUACCGGCAUAUGAGUCGCUCUUUCCUCUGCACAUACUAAACAGGACUCGACCUAGCCUCCAUAGCCAAAUAAAAACCUUCAGACCCCAAGAAUACGUAAUAUACAUAGUGAAUACGUUUAGAUUCAGAAACGUUAAUGUCGGGAAUUGAUACACAGAUAAAUCAUAUGAUGGAGACGGAGAUCCACGUGCCGGUGGGGUCACCGGCGAUCAGAAAAUAUCCGAUAUUCGUGGACGAGCACAAUGUGACGGAGGGGGCGAUGAAACUGAUCAAAGAGCUCAGACCGCGCUGGGAACCGAACCUGAUCCGGACCAAGCUUUUCACCGAUGGCACAACUAACAAACUGGUGGGGUGUUAUGUGGACGACUGCCUCGAGGAUGUGGUGCUGGUGAGGGUGUACGGCAACAAGACCGAGCUGAUCGUGGACCGAGACAAUGAACUGAAGAGCUUCCAGGUUCUGCACGCCAACGGUUGCGCGCCCCGACUUUACUGCACCUUCCAGAAUGGCAUCUGCUACGAGUUCAUGCAAGGACGUGCUCUGGAUACUCAAGACGUCAGGGACCCUGUGUUACUCAGACUGAUCGCACGUGAAAUGGCCAGCAUUCACGCCAUCCACGCACACAACGGCUGCAUCCCCAAAUCCAACCUGUGGAUCAAAAUGCGCAAGUACUUCUCGCUGGUGGCCACUGAGUUCACAGACCAAGCUUCUAAUGUCAGAAUUCAGCAGGAAGUCCCCAGCCAGGAAGUUUUAGAACAAGAAAUGAUGUGGAUGAAGGAACACCUGUCACAGCUGGGUUCUCCUGUAGUGCUCUGUCACAAUGACCUGCUAUGCAAGAACAUCAUUCACAAUGAAAAGGAAGGUCAUGUUCGGUUUAUUGAUUAUGAAUACUCAAGUUACAACUACCAAGCAUUUGACAUUGGAAACCAUUUUAAUGAAUUUGCAGGCAUGAGUGAACCAGAUUUUAACCUUUAUCCCAGUCGAGAAAUGCAGUUGGACUGGUUGCACACUUAUUUGCAGGCCUACAAGCUCUCUAUCAAGAAAGGUGAAGAGGUGAGCCAGCAUGAACUGGAGACGCUCUACGUUCAGGUCAAUAAAUUUGCUCUGGCUUCACAUUUCUUCUGGGGUUUCUGGGCCCUGAUCCAAGCCAAGUACUCCACCAUCGAAUUUGACUUCCUCGGGUACGCCGUGCUACGUUUCAAUCAGUACUUCAAGACCAAACCUGCUGUAAUGGCCCUGGAGAUCCCCAAAUGAGACGUCAAGAUGGAGAGGAGAGUGCUGGUAUCUGUUGACCUCAUCAUUGACCGUUUCACUAUGGAAUCAGAGGCCUUUUUAGUCAGAGAAGGGUAUGAGGUGCAGCAGGGGUGAGCACUGGGACAUCUUAUGAUUGGUUGACAACUUGUCUGCCAAGUCAUAAUACCACAAAUUCUUGAUUCCUUUUUCAAACACUAUGUUUCUCUUUGGGACUCAACUUUUAGUUGAUCAACUUUCCCUUGAAAUGAGUGUGUUAUUUAUGUUUUAAUUACAGAUUAUUUAUUAAUUAUCAGUAGGCACUUGUUUUUCACCAAAGUAGUCUUUGUGCUCUUGGAGCCGACUUUGCUUUGGGACUUCUUGUUAUGGGUUUUGCGGUGUGAGAGCCAUAGCAAACUUAUGCAGAAUUGGCUGUGAAGGAGGCCUGCAGUGAUGUUGAUAUCGUGGGCAUUGACUAACACGAAACAUUCAGCCUGUGGCAUCAUAAUGCUCAUCAAACGGAUGUGGCCCACCGUUGUUUCUUUUGCAAUGACAAAUGCUCGAAGUCCAAAAAAAUGGGGUUAUGUGUAAAAAUCUAGGCUGGUAAUACAAAAGUUUCUGUUUAAGAGCUAAGAAGUUGACUCAGGAGCUAAAUAGUUACCAAGGUCAAAAUCCUACCCUGUUCCGCACUAUUACGCACUUGAGCAAAUGACUCAAACCCUGCAAUUAGUCCUCUCUAAGUCACUUUGUAUGAAUGACGUCAGCUAAAAGGCAAGUAACCAAGUAAACAUUGAAGUCAAUGUGACCUCACUCGAGACAUUCCCAAGAAGUCAGGUCCACCAGACCCCUCAGCGUCUCCUCAGCCACAUUUCCACCGAUUUAGCUUUUAAUGUUUGUGAGGAGUUCUGCUGAAUUUUCCACUCGUCACUGGCUGUGGUGUAUUACCACCUGCCUCCCUCUUCCCCCUCCUUCUCUCGCUGUCUGUCCUAAAUGCGUUUGCAUCACCUGGCAGAGCUCGAACUGAGAUUUGAAAGUCAUUAUCUGCUCAAUGAAUACUAAGCUCAUUCCUAAUCUAACCCCACCAAACGUCAAAUGAAUGGUUUUCCAAAACUGGAGAAGGGGGCAAUAUUUAUGUAAAAGGGUUUUUUGUAGUUUGAUUCAGGUCACCAUCUGUGAGGACUCACUGUCCUGGAGUGAAAAAGACAAGAUUAUUAAAGUUUAGAAUAUUUAUUGCAGAUUUAGGGAUCUAAAUGAAUUGCCAUUUCAGUCUUUAAAUACCUGGACUGUUUGGUUGUAUGUGGUUUUCAAAGUCUUUUCAAAGCAUUUUGAAUUACAGUUAGUUUUAGUGCUGUUCAUCUAAUAUUCUGUCACCUACAAGAACAUAAUUUCCCAUUUUUCCAGUCUUCUGCUUGAUUUAAUUUCUUUGUUGCAUAUAUUAUGCUUUCACUGUAAAAUGAUGUCUGUUUUUGUCCGUGUUAAACAUUUCAGUAGAAACUUGCUAAAGCCCGACAAAGCACAAAAUCAGCUGUUUAUUUUGUCGUGCGUAUUGAAAAUGCCAAGAAUUGCACCAUUUUGGUAACUCCAGCUGUAAUAUUGUACUGUAAAUGAGAGGUAGAGAGAUAUUUGUGGGAAUCUGUCAAGAACAUGUCAGGUCAUAUACACAAAAGGAAAAAUAAAAGAUAUUUUUUGAAAGGAAAGUAAGCCUUGUUUGUUACGGUUAAUUGGAUUUAAACAUUAUUUUCAUGACAAUUUAAAAGGAAAAAUUCUAAUUACUGUAUUACAGUAUUGAAAAUACUUCUUAAGAAGUAUGAGAAUAAAAAAAAAAAAAUGUGGAGGCAUUAAAAGAACUCGGGCAGAGAAAUUAGCUAAAUUAUGAAAAUGUCAGUCUGCAAGAAAAAACAUAUUCCAUUAUCUUUUAAUGCAAAAUUAAAAAUUUUGAUUUUCCUCAUAACUAUUGUCAUAAAAUGUGACCUGAAUAUGUUUUUGUGCGAUUCAUUCAUUUUGAGCAUCACUGGAAUCUUUCUGGCAGCUUGUUGAACCCAAGUGUCCUUUUAUUGACUGACCAGAUCAGCCCCUGGUCAGUUAGUACAGAAGUCAUUUUCAGACCGUCUUGAAGUUAAAGCUGCAUGUUGUGUAAAUCUCUGAGGUGUCUCUGGCUCUGUGUCAGGAGCAGGUUAAUAAUGAAACGCUCGGAGCCCCAGGCGACGACUGAAAGCAAGAGGCCCUUCAACAAAACCAUGAAUAAUUUUGUAGCCGAUGAUUCUCUAAUGAGUUUGAACUGCCUGAUAGCUCUGUGCUCAUAUACGGUGUUCAGAUGGUGUUCACUUUUUACUGCUUCAGUCUAACAUUUGAGUUGCAGUUUUAAGGUGAAUUUUCAGAAAACAUUUCCAGGUUAAAUUUCACCAUACAAAUUAAAGUCAAAGUAAUAAAUAAUACUUUUCAUUCAGAAAAUGCAAAAAAAAUGUCUGAACAUUAUUUUUUAAUUUAACUCAAAACAAAAAUACUGUAAAUCUAUUACACAACUGUGCUAUAUAAUUGAAUUAGUUUUACUUGCAUUACAGUAAAAUGCAACAUUUAUUAGAAUUACAAUAAGCCACUGGGAUUCAUUUUUAUAAUGAGAAAAAAAGGUCCUAGAAUUCGCUUAAUGUUCUUUAUUCAUAAUUCAUAUUUUAUAUACUCUUGACAGUUUCCACAAGAUACUACUUUUAAGAUCAACUAAUGCAUUUUUACAUCUUUCUCACCUUGUGGUCCAUGAUGACUGAUGACUGAGAACCAUUUAUAUAGGUUUCAUAUCCCUUACAUGCAUGAAGAAUGUUAUAAAUUAUAAUAAAUGUUGUUCAUAUAACAGGAGGGCAAUUGCAAGAUUUUUUUUUUUAGAUGUGCAUAUGUGAGUGUGCGUCCACCAGAAGGGCACAACUUCUGUAAAAAAACAUUUUCAUUUAUGAUAUGAAGGCUAUUUCUAAUGUAAAUGGGGAAAUGUUUACAAACACUAUUCCUGUUCCUGGAAAGUUUAAAUAUUGUUGAACUGAGAUUAUAUCCCCACCCUUAACAUCUUAGUGUGGCUACAGCUGUUUAUUCCUUUAGAAUGGAAAUGGUAACAUCUGAAGAUAUUUCAUAGCACCACCCCCAUAUAUAAUAUUAAUUAUCAUCUCUAUUAUUUGAAAUGACCUUGUAAAUAUCCGUGUUUAAACCUCUGCUCUUAAAAGGGAUGUUUACAGGAAGCAUCUGUGUCGGGAUUUGCGUUUUGUUUGCUGUAUUGAAAGCAUACCAAACAAGUCGGCUUCACAUUGUGCGCUUUAUCUGAGAUCGGCUCUUUUGUGAAUGUACUGAAGAAAUGUACAGAAUAUGUUUCAUUUAUACUUGCAUCUUUAGUAUUUCUACUUGUUUUGUAUAUUUAACUGAGCGGGGAGUGUGUUGGAUCGUUGGGCCCCAGCGUGUGUUUGCUGGAGACCGAUUCUGAUAAGGAUUCUGUAAAUACUGUGAAAUAUUGUGAAAAAUACUGUACAAUGCUUUCGCUUCUAUUCAACUGUGAGGAGAUUAAUUUAAUAAUUAUUCUAAUUUUCCAUUAAAAUGUCAAGAGUUUCAUCUAA